AUGAUGUCACGACAGCCCUAUGCCCCGACUCCCCAUAGCUAUGUGCCAAAUACCACACUAUCUGCCACAAUCAACCUCGACGAGGAAGUAAAACUAGCAGAGAACCGCGCCGAGCGAGACCUCCACGACUCCCUCGCCGAAAUCUUUAGCAUCCUGGUGACCCUCGACGAGCUUGAAAAGGCCUUUCUCAAAGAUGCCAUUCCCGAGGGCGAGUACGCCGAGAUAUGCGACCGGUCGCUGAAGCAGUAUAAAUCGAUUCUGGCCGACGAUACCGUAAGCAAGGCAUUUGUGAGCCUAGAGGACUUUAAAGCCAAGUGGGAUCUCGAGGCUUCUUCUACGGCUGCGGCCGCACCAGCACCAGGCGUGGGAGCGGCCAACGGCGUACUGAUCGCCGAGGCGACGCAGGAGUUUAUUACUUUCCUGGACGCCGUCAAGUUGGGCUUGCUCUCCAAGGACCAGCUCCACCCGCUCCUGUCGGACGUGAUACAGUCGGUCAACCGGGUGACCGACAAGGACUUUGAAAACAGGGGCAAGAUUGUGCAGUGGCUCAUCACCCUGAACCAGAUGAAGGCGACGGAUGAACUGAGCGAGGACCAAGCGAGGGAGCUCGAGCUCGAUAUCCAGCAGGCCUAUGGGGGUUUCAAGAGGACGUUGUCGUGA